GACUACAUUGACCGGGCAGCAGCAAGAUGCGCGACUGUUCAGGAGAUUGAGCAGUAAUUUUCUCUGAGCAACCGAGUGUCUGAGAAGCGCGCGCGCACGUCAUUGGAGAGGUGAACGACUCACUUUCAAUGGAUUGCGUUGACAUACCACACGCGGGAAUGUAUGAAGGACGGAUACAGGUUCAUCUGGGCGGAAAAGUAGGUUCUUGGUUAUCCAAACCUCCCCAAUCUGCAGGUGGAUAUAUUGAGACAUGGUGCGUCCCCGAAAUGGAAUGAGACAAGAGAACUAGUUAAAGUUGAAAGAUGUCCUACGCGGGCAGCACACCACCUCCAAACGAAAGCACCCCUUUCAUGGAGGGCUAUGAUAAGAUGGGUGGCUUGGACAGUGGCAACCAAACUGACAUCUUUCUCUUUUGCCUGUGUCUGUCCAUUGCCAUUGUGACUUGUGUGGGAGGUAUAUACUCACUUAUAACAUUACUGAGGAAAAAACUCAAGACUUCGCUUUGCCUAAUCGUGGCUUCCAUGUCAAUUGACGACCUCGUUAGCUUGGUGCCCCUGUCGUUGUUCAUGUUCUUACAAUGGACCAAAGACGACCAUGGCAAGUCAGGGACCAUAUGCACGCUGUCCGGACUCCUGUACGUUUUCCAGGGGUUGGCUUGUAACAUGAAGGCUUUUCUUAUAGUUGCAUACACCUUUUACAUCACAAAACGGUUUGGAGUUUACCAGUCCAACAGUAGACACAUGAGAAUGUUGUGGGCGAUAGCAGCUGUGUGGAUCAUCAGCCUCGGCGUCAGUAUACUGCCUCUGUGUGGCUGGGGUCGUUUUUCCUCGGCUCCACUUGGAUGCCUGCCGGACAGCAAUAGUUUUUACGUGCUACUCAUUUUUGCUAUAUACUCGUUGUGCGUGUGUGGCUUAGUGCUUUUCUCUUCCCCACUCAUAUAUCGGCUGUUGUGUUCCACGGAACCCCAGAAGACCUUUUUCCCCAGCUACUUUGAGAUCGCUGGUCCGCUGGUUUCGGAAGGAUCCGGACCCUUGUGUGAAAUCCCCUCCUUGUCCCGAGUGAGCUUGGAGAAAAGUUUAAGUGUUUACAAUGAAUUGAGCUCAGGUUCUGCGUAUUUGCAAAGCAACCUGGCCACGGUGUCCCGCUCCAGCACAACGGAUCGUUUGCGUAAUGAUGAACAGCUCCCGAGGUACUCCCCGGUGAUUUUCGCCCAGAAGCGCUUCUCGGUUAUCCUGGCCAUUGCACGCACAAUUCUGUGGAUGCCAAUGAUGACGCAAAUGGCGGUGAGUCACAUAGUUCAUGUUCGGAGCACUUCCAUGGAGACCCUGAGCUUCAUCCUAACUUUGCUCUCGGCAGCUGUGACACCGAUGUUCGUUCUCUCUGAGCGCUGGAUCCACCUUCCUUGUGGGUGCUUUAUCAACUGUCGUUUAGGCGCCGCCAAAGAUCCCUCCACUGCAAAUAAACGGCGGUUUGAUUUCAACAUGUCCCUCCAGCACGGCUAUGGAUUCUACAAAAUCUCCCACACGAAGUCGCCGUCUAUAGAAAAGCCCUCAUACAGCAAUCUGUUCAACUGCGACCUGAGUGAGAGUCGAGUCGCGGUGCUGGACAGCGGUCAGAUAAAAACGCUGGCGAAUCACGAGUUCAGAACCCCCUCGGGCGAGGACAGCUCCCUCCACAGCGAAGUGCUACUAGACGCAGCCCAUAGCCGGGAGGAGAGGCCACAGAGUCAGCGCCUCAACUCUGACCACCACGACGGCUUGUGUCUGGGCACACCGCCCCCAGCACUGAGCGCAGAACGGCAGCUGCAUCUGGAUUCUUCCGUGUUCGACGGGCCGGAAAGAAGACUGUCCCACGAGGAGUGCCGUAAAAUAGAACUUACCGACUGGGAAUGGUGCAGAAGCAAGUCAGAGAGGACCCCGAGACAGAGAUCCAGUGGGGGCUUGUCCAUACCUUUGUGUGCCUUCCAGGGCACCGUCUCCCUGCAGGCUCCCACGGGCAAGACCCUCUCCCUCUCCACCUACGAGGUCAGCAGCGACGGCCUCAAGAUCUCCCCCACCACCAAGAAGGUGGAGGUCUACCGCUCCAAGUCGGUGGGCCACGAGCCGGCCAUUGCGGACGACCCCCACUCGGACAGCUCAGGCAGCGGUGGCGGCGGCGCCGGGGGAGGAGGUGGUGGUGGCAUCAGCGUCAGCCUCGGUGGCGGUGGUGUGGUGGGCGACACCAACGUCAAGAUCCACCUGGAGGUGCUGGAGAUCUGCGACAACGAGGAGGCCAUGGACAGCGUCUCCAUCGUCUCCAACAUCAGCCAGUCGUCCACGCACGCCCGCUCGCCCUCGCUGCGCUACUCCAGGCGGGAGAACCGCUUCGUGUCGUGCGACCUGGGCGAGACGGCGUCCUACUCGCUGCUCAUCCCCACCAUCAACCCGGACGCGGACGGCAUCAACAUCAGCAUCCCCGACACGGUGGAGGCCCACCGGCAGAACAGCAUGCGGCAGACGCAGGAGAGCGGAGGCUACCGGGAGGAGAUCCAGCUGCUCAACGACGCCUAUAGGAAGCAGAGUGACGGCCAGAGGAACGAGGAGUGAGGAUUAUUAAAAUCCUUUUUUUGAGUUUUAUUCCACGACAGAACUACGUUUCCAAAGGAAAACAAAGGAUCUGCAACACUGUUUGACGCUCCCAAAAUGUAAUGACACUCUCAGUAGUCCGAAACGUCGUGCCAUUACAUUUUGGGAGCUUCAAACAGUGUUGCGGACCUUUCCUUUCCUUUCAGUUAUCCUAUGUUUGGUCCACCUGUGCUACUGAUGUGCGCGCAUUCUCUGACUUUUUGAAUAGAACUACAUUUUGCCCAUUAAGGUCUUAUUCAGAGUCAAUGGUCGGAGCAUAGUACUACCAUGGAAUAAAAUUCAAAAGAGAAUUUUAAGUGUGUUGACUCAUCACUUUAAGCUUCAAUCAGCUUUCGUCCUGCAUCUUUACAUGGGAUGUGCACAAUCUUUACCCUCAACCCCAUGAGAAUGGAUGACCGUGACUGUAAUAGUGACUACUUUAUAAUAUGAUAAUAAUGACUACUUUGACAGAGUGGGGUGCUGCAGGUGGAAGGAGAGGACAGUCAGGGUUACCAGAGGAGGACACUGCUGUAAAGCCAGAAAGUUGGAGCUCCUUGAAAGAAAACAGUAUUUGGCCUUGUCAUUCAUAAUAAUACUAUUAACUUUUUGUCUUCAAAGGGUCCCA